ACGUUUUCUAUGGUGUGUUUAUAUUUUAACCAAUUUCAAUCUAAAUUUUACGAGAAACGUAUUCAAUAUAGUUUCUCUUAAAAAUAAAAGAUAGUUUAUUGUAAACUUAAAAUAAUAUUAUACGCUUGAAAAAUAGUAUUUAAAUACUUAUUUAAAUUAAAUAGUUAAAAUGAAAAGAAAAAAUGUGGUUAUAAUUUUAUAGAUAUAAAUUUGAUAACCUUUAUUUCUCUGAUAAAUUAAUUUAUAAACAAAAAAUGUUUCUUCGUUUACAUUUACGAUUGUUAAAUAAUACCGUGUCAAUUACAAGACACAGCUCAAAGAAAUAUGCAACAAUUGUAUCCGAAGAAAGUCAAAUCACAAAUGCUCCAGUUUAUCCACCUAUAUUAGAUUUGUCUUUCAAAGCUAAACAAAAGAGAAAAAAAGAAGUUUGGCACGAUGAAAUUAAAAAAAUUAAAACUGUUGAAGAAAAGAUUUUUAAAAUCAACAUGCCACGUUAUUACGGCUGGAAAUCAUUAAUUUUGGAUGAACAUGUAAUACCUUACAAUUCUUUGGAACAUGCGCAAUACAUUACAAGAACUUAUAUUAUUAAAGAACGUGGACUUCCAACUUUUUACAAUAAUGUAAUAUUGGAUGAAGAGCUUGAAUCUAUCGUAAAUGAUAAUAAAAGUUUAAUUGAAGACAUUAUUGCAUUUGAAUAUUCAAGUAGAAAAAGGAAACAAGAAUUAAAAGAAAUUCAAGUAGAAAGUAAAGCAGCGAUGGAAAAUAUUGUAGCAAGUGCGAUUGUAUAUCAAAUUAAUAGAACAUUACUAUCAAAUCUUGUUACUAUUAGGCCACAUUUAUUGGAAGUUCAAACCGAUUUUGAACCUCGUGUUGAAGCAUUUUGGUUUGUUGGUGGGAUAGAUCCACCGGGAUUAAAAAUAAAGGCAAGGAAAAAGAUACAUUGGAUGAGAGAAUAUGCCUAUGAUCCAGUAGAUAUUCCUAUACAGUAUUAUGGCAAAUCUAUUCUCCAGUCACGACAUAAUCUUCCUUUAAAGGAAAUCAUGUCUUUGAGCGAAUGCGAAGAUUCUUCUUUGACUAUUCCACAGUUUAAGUUUGAUCCCAGAGUAUUAGGAUAUGUAUUGGAUCGAAAGCAUGUUACAAAUAUACCAGGAUUUUGGCCUGGUGAUCCAUGUGAAUUUGGUCUUUUAUCUUACCACAAUUGUGGAUACAUAGCUGAAAGACCAGAAACAUAUAAAGAUGAAAAUGAUGCACUUCUUAAACAAGCUAUUUUAGCUUCCUACAGUUGGUUAUUAUCACAAGCCUGUUAUCAAGGUUUCUCAACGUUCCACGAUGUUACUUAUCCAUUUGUCAAUCAAGCUGUUAUAACUAAUGGGCAGUAUUGGUCAUUCUAUGUUUAUCAACUUAAUACUACUGUACUGCAUUCAGAAAAUGUUGAUGAAAAUCCGAGACGUAAUAUAUGUUGGGCUACAGAAUCUGUAAAACUAUUUGAUAAAAUUGAGGGUGAAAAGGUUCAUGGUUUGAACACCGAUGUUCUUAAAUCUUUAAUUAAAUUUUAUGCAAAUACUCCUGAAGAAAAAAUGAUCGAAAUGAAACCAAAUUUGGGGAACGAUGUACAAAAAAUAGCUGACAUUCAAUCUGACAGACGAAGAGACUGGUUGGAAAGAUAUUAUAAACAUCUCGUAACAAAUAGGCCACGUCAUAGAAAAGCACCAGAGAUAUAUCAUUGGCAAAAAAUUUAUCUUAUUGAUAAUAAGACGUGUCCUAUGAUGAAAAAGAGACAUCCAUUCCAAUUUGGAAUUUCUGUUAUGAAUCGUAAACUCAAUGAUCAUGCCCUAAAGUAUGUACCAAAAUGUUUAAGAGUGAAUCCAAAGAAGAAAUUAGGUAACUGGGAACAAACUUUUUACCCAUAGAUUUUUAAUGUUUUCUCUUUUUUGCAAACAAUUUCUCUCAAUGCAAAUAUUUUAAUAUUUUUCAUAGAUUAUAAUAUAAUGUUUAAUAUAUACAAUCUUAUACAAUAUAAAUAUAAAUGAAUUAAACGGUUCUUUCCGCAUA